AUGGCUUCUCCCGUCCUCGAAUUCAACUAUGACAUAUCGUGUCCGUUCGCUUACAUAGCUUCCACACGCGUGGAGGCGCUGGCAGCUCGAACAAGAGCCACUCUCAUCUAUCGGCCAGUCUUAUUGGGAGCCAUCUAUCGAGCGACAUCCGCGCCUCAAGGCGCAGCUGGAUCUGCGUCAGAUGUGUACAAUCCCACGAAGAAAGUUGUGACGGCAAGAUCCAUGCAGCGCACGCUGCGCCGCUACCGCAUUGCGUAUAAUCCGCCACCGCAACAUCCAAGGAAGAGCGUAAACGCUUUAAGGCUAUUGCAUUAUGUCGAUGGAGAAGAUAGAAGAAUACUCACGAGGAAGCUGUUUCAGGCAUAUUGGGUUGAUGGGCGCGAUGUCAGUAAUGAUGAAGAGUUACUUAGCAUUGUGCGCGAGAGCGGGAUUGAGAACGCAGGUGCGCUGUCUACCUCAACUUUUUCCGAUGCGGAUGCAAGAAAGGGGCUUGAGGAGGCCACCGCGGAUGCGAUUGAGAGAGGCGCUUUUGGGGUACCGGGAUUCUGGAUUCCUGAUGUUGCAUGGAAAGACUUCAACGGCAAUGAGCGAAAAGGUAGGUUCUACUGGGGCCAAGACCGCAUGCAUUUUGUCGAGGCAACAUUGCUUUCUUUAAGAAAUGGCGGUUCCUGGAACACAGUAACUGGACUGGAAAGCUUGAUGCCACGCUGCAUACCUCAAAAUCGAGCAUAUGGGAAAGUGCGCAUGGAGUUUUGGUAUGAUUUCAGUAGCCCAUGGGCAUUCUUGGGCUGGUCCCAGCUCGAGCGUUUGAAGCGCAUGUUCGGUUCCGACUUGGAAAUCACCAUGAAACCUUUUCUAUUGGGGAUCCUGUUCAGGGAAAUCGGCGCGCCGAACAUGCCCAUGACAGCGAUAUCCCCUACCAAAGCUAUCUGGUCCAGACAAGAUCACGCAGACUGGGUUCAAUACUGGAAUUCCAUCAACGCGCAGAAUGGCAGUCCAGACAAGAAUAUAGAUUUCCAUUGGGCAGAUGUAUUCCCCAUUCGUACACCCACCGUGCUAAGAGUCGCUAUCGCUGAGCCGUCUACCGUGGCCCUUUUAUACCGCGCAUGCUGGGAACAAAACGCCAAUGUAUCCGACGAUGCUGUCCUCACUUCGGUUCUGGACAAAAAUGGUUAUGAUGGAGCUUCCUUGGUUCGGCAAGCGAACACGACGGAGAUCAAGACCAGGCUGCGCGAAUUGACAGCCGAGGCAAAGUCGGUUGGAAUUUGCGGAGUACCCAGCUACCGUUUGUCUCAGCAAGGUGCAGAUGGGAAAUAUAGACAGAUAGGCGGGAUUGUCUGGGGUCAGGAUGAGAUGAAUGUUGUUGAGGAUUUAAUUGCUGGGUGGGAUCCGGAAAACUCAAAUGCAUUCGCGGAUGUGAGGAAAGGUGUGGCAUCUCGUCUCUAA